GAUUUGGCUUCUCAUUCUUCUUCGGCCACGACAAUGGCAAAUGUCGGGUUCUUGUCGCUUCCAACAGAGUUAAUAUGUUACAUCUUAUUCCUCCUCACCCCAAGGGACCUUUGUCGUUGUGCAAUAGCAGCCUGCAAAACCUUCAGGGAUGCGGCUCAAAAUUGUGUGCGCAUUCAACACAAGCUCGAGCUUUUUGCUCGAGGAAUCAUCGAGACCACUACCCAGGACUCGAUCCAAUACUUCAAAACGAACAGCUCACUGAAGAAAUUUGUAUUCAUGUCGCAGUCUGAUUUCCAUGUGAACACCAUCUUUCAAAAAGCAGUGGCUGCCGCACCUACCACCACCAAAGAGGCACAAUUUAUGAAGUAUGGGCUUUGGUGGACGUCCAGAGAGGAGGAUCUCCUAAUUCAGGAGUGUAACACAAACACCCGGACGUGGCCCAACCACAAUUUAUCCCCCAUGCCGCAGCACGUGUUGGCGCCAGUCAUCGUCGACCCUCUGCAGGAUCUUGUGAUCACAAUAUCCUUGCCCCGUUUCGUCCUAGUCAAUGUGCACAAUGUCAAACAGGAUCACCAUGUUUUUUGGCUGGAGUUUCGCAUGCUUUCAUCCCAGAUUCCGCAUGAGGAUUUAGCGUGCACUUCCUUGGACUGCAAACAUUAUUUUGAUGCGCGUGGCAAUUAUGAUGUUGUGUGUAUGAAAGAGCCUGCAGUCUACGGGGAUCGCAUAGUUGUCCCCUAUUACACACACACGGACAAUCGGUGGAGGAAAACGAUGUUCAUCCAAGUGAUAGAUUGGAGGAAAGGACAGGCAAAGAGUCAUAAUUUAGGCUACCAAAUUGAAAGUUCUGGGGAUCAGAUCAAAGUUCAUCUCAUUGACCAACAGACAUUUGUUGUGAUCGACUUGGACGGUGUUAUAAUGCUGUACACAUUACAGGAACUUGAUGGGUCGCCUCAGCACCGAAUCUCCUAUUUCUUUCCAACGUGCACCUCUGCACGCGCUCCAUCGUGCAUUGUUCAUACCACUCCAUCGUUCCCAGGUGCGGUAGUUCGCCCAGACCUUGUGCCCAACUCCGUGCCCUCUCUGGAGUCCCAAAUCAUGGUUUUGGAGAUGGCUCUUCCUGCAGUGCCCAUGAUUUUGGUCAUCGAUAUGAUCAUUUUCUCAGAAAAGAACCUGCACCCACAUACAGCUGUCUCGGUCCCUUGGUCAGACUGGGGACCACGGUAUACGUGCUGCUUUCCGCACGACCCAAGCCACCGAAUCAGUGUGUUCGGUAGCAGAAUGGCCUAUGCUCUUCCUCGAUAUCGUACCCCCGCACCUGGACAUAGACUAGAAGCGCUCUCCACUAACGGUCGCUUCUACGUGCAUAUAUGGGACUUCAAUGAAAGAGUCAUUGCCCGUUCCAAAAACUUCUCCGGCUUCGACUCACCAGGCCUUCUGAUUUACAAGCCUGCUCGACUAGUUCACCCGGGCUACAAUAGAGACUUCACCUCGGAUCAUUUUUACUCUGCUACCGUCUGCCAUGCAUCUUUUCCGACGCGUGACUUUCAGGGGUUAUUCUUGGAACAGGAUCGGCUUACUUUAACAUGGGUUCGACCUGACGUGAUUGAUAUUCAGGUCGUUUCCCCUGUAUUAGAGCGGCAGUGAUGCCUGGGGUUUCCAAUUGUUUUCUGCUGCAAAUUUCCCCGUAAUCAGUUAUUCUUCAUAAACUCUGACGAUGGCUGUUGGAUUCAUAUCGCUUCCCGCAAAGCUGAUAUAUCUCCUGUUCCUCCUCACCCCAACCUUUGUCAGUCCCCUAUAUGUCCCGUGAUUCCAUGUUUCCUCCUAGGCUAACUUCUGUUUCGCGCUGUACUUGUAAAACCUUCUGUUAUAUGGUCCGGAAUUCUGCCCCCCAUU